GUCCAGUCAUAUAUAAUAUGCUUUUCUCCUAUAUGGCUGUCUCUAUUAUGUCAAACCACUUUUCAAGAACACAAACAACUUUUCUCUUCGCUCUGCAUAACUUUGUCUGAUCAAAUAUCAAUACCCAACAGUUUCAGUUCUAGGUUUGCUGCCAAGCAUAAAUAUCAUGGGUGACGGUCCUCGAGGAAUAGAGGUGUUUGAAGAUCAUUUUCAAGCUUCAACUUCUGGUGAAGACUCCAUGCAGACCCCAGCUUCAUCUAAAUAUAUAGGAAGUAAUGAUUCUUUAAGAUCCAUUAGUAGAUCGUGGACUAGAAGAAAAUUGAAAGGUGCUGCUUCGAUGUUGAAUUUGUUUAGCCCCAGCAAGCUACCUUGGAUGUCUGGCACAGAUGGUCAAGAAAAGGUAGUGUUAACUGCUGCAGAAGUAGAAUCUCUUCGGUCCGAAAUCGCUGCUUUGGAAGAAAGAGAAGCUCAUUUCAAAGCUCAAUUAGAACACAUUGAUGAAGUAGUACGGGCUGCACGACUUUCGGGGUACUUGGACAUGAGAAUGAGAUGGGCAACUUUACCUGGAGAACCUCUUCCAGUUGAUGACACUGAUGUUGAUGAUUGGCUUCCUAGAUAUUUUGUCCUUCAGGGAUCGUGUAUCUUCUGGUAUUCGUCAUGCACCGAUCUAAGCCCCCAAGAUUCAACCCUUCUAUCUGAUGUAGUUGAAGUUGGAACCUUACCUUGCCUGAGACGAGACAAUGAGGACAAACGAUAUUACUUUUAUAUCUCAACUCGUUAUGGACUGAAAUACGAAUGCUCUAGUAUUUCUAAGGUAAAGGUUGAUUCGUGGUUGGAAGCAUUACGGAGUGAUUGCAAGCUGUGAUCCAACUGAACAACUAUUAAUGAGUUGAGUACGAAUUGGCAUGAUCUGCUAUUGGCAGCAACAAACUCUAAAUAUGAUUCGGAAGCAGAAACAUGUAUAGCAAUUUUUCAACACUUCGACUGUAACCUUUUAGUGCUCAGCCUGUGCAUUCUGUACAUAGUCUAGCAUACAGCCAUUGAACAGUGUUGAAGUUACAUCCGAUAAAUUUGUUUCAGUGUCUUAAGGAUUGUGCUAAUCUUUUCAUGUACAACUUUAAGCUUGGUGUCUACAAAAAGAAGGAAAGCUUGCUGGCUCUUUGUGGCAAGGCAUUCUCAAAGCAUAUGAGGUUGACACUAGUUAACUUGUGGAGAAAAAUGAAUGCAAGAAACAUGUUCCAAUGCAAAUAAUAGUACUGUUGUGAAUGCUGUAACCUUUUUAUGGUGA